AGACAUGAUUAGCUGAUGGUUAUUGUUGGUACGCAGUUUUUGAACAGUUCUUGUAGUUAUUGCCUUGGUCUUCUUUCAUCAACAAAGUGAGAUUUUCUUCCUACACCAUGAAAGUAGUAUAUGUUCUCACAUUGCUUUGCCUCGUCGUACAUUCGCACGGAGCUAGUAUUCGACGACCCGAUUCUAAAAAAGAUACUCCUGUUCUCAGUCUUAAAUUUCCGGCCACAGGAAAACUCUUGGCUCGAGUUCGCAGUGGAGAAUUGGGAAAUGCCAACGAUUACAUGGACGAAGUGUUGACUUUAGUUCGCGAACAAAUCGUCCUCCAAGGAUACGAUCGCAUUGCGCUUCCGGAUGCUGACUUUAGCUUUACAUGGGACGAAUAUCCCGGAGUUACUGGAGGUGUAUAUUUGCACGAUGGCUUAGCUACUGGUAUGGAAACAAUUCAUCGUGUUGGCGACGCUACCCUCAGCAAUAGUGAUACUGUCAUUUUCUUUGAAUCUGACUGCGGCAUCAACAACGCUGCUUUUGGCUAUGCAAUUAGCAUUCUUUUCUUGGAUAUCGGACCGACCGCUUCAAUGGUUGGAACUGCGGAUUACAUCAACUUCUACUUCCACUCCACCAUCGAUAUUCUUUCCGGAAUCGUUGUCGUUGACGUGUUUGAUUUGAAGCAAAUGGGUCACAUCAGUACGGAAAUUACUGGUCUGGGAAUAUUCAACUGGCUUGCUGAAAUCAUUGUCGAUUUUACUCUCAAUCUCUUGGCACCGUUCUUCAAGGAACUCCUAGAAGGACCUAUUACGAACCUUAUCAACACUGUUCUUCAACAUUACGUUGACUCAUUGCUGAACCCACCCACAACACUUGCCAGCCUUGUUCUUUGAGAAAUCAGAUAUGCCAUCUAACAAUGCACACUGAAGGAAAGCAGAAAUAUAAUUAUAUCUAGACUAGAAAAACUGGAAAUUGAUUUACUUUCCUUAUAUUAAAGGAACUAGUACUUUUUACUUGAUUUAAAAAAUGAUUAACAGGAAUAAAAAUACAGUUAGGCC